UUCAAUUACAAUUUGCAAGCAGUAAUUAAGGAGAUCCUCUCUAGCAAGUCAUCAUCAUUCAAUACAAUAUGGCUGCAUCAUCAACACAAAGUGAUGAGAAGCAGCAGCAGGAGCUACAAGCCAAUGGUGAUAUCCAAAUCCACCAAAGUGUUCCAAUAACAGCCCAAACAAAGACCAACAAAACUCAUCAUCACCAGUCCUGCAAAGAGAGGAUGAAAGGGAUGAUGAUGCCAAACAAGAUGAUGAUGAAGCUCCACCAUGCAGGGCAACAGCAGCAGCAACCAGCUGCAUUGGAAGCAACUCAUCGUGCGCCAGACAAUACAACAAAGAAGAAGAAGAAAGGAACGCAUUGCAUGCCCAAGAUCCGCGAUCACUUGAAGAACUUCAAAGCUAAAAAUAGUAAGACCAAAGAAAAGACCAACGGGAGCAGCAGCAGCAGCAGCAGCGAUGAUGAGAACGAUCAUGGAAAGGCCGGUUCAAGAAAGGCCAAGAACUAAGAAUUCCUCUAUGUGGGGUAAUAUAUACUUGUUAGAGUGAAGUUAAGAACGAAACAAGUUCAAUAAGCUACGUAACUAUACAAUGGGAUUUGAUGGAUGGUGAAGAAACAGAACGUAUCUGUUCCCCUGGCCUACAAAUUGUUUACAUUUUGUGUAAUUGAAAGAAACAGAAGUGUGUUGUUAUUUUUUCAAAAAAAAAAAAAAAGUGUGUUGUUAUUUUAUGAAUAAUAAUUUGUGCCAACAUAUAUGGUAUAAUUUCAAAAUAUUAAUACCUUCGUCCGUCCCUGAGUAUUUUUUCAAU